UUAAGGCUAAAACGUUUUCCGGGGGAAAAAAUUGCCUACAUCACAGGCAUCUGGUCCCUCUCCUAGAGUGAAUUCAAAUUCAAACAAAUCUCAACCUAUGGACUUGCAAAUUAAUAAAGAGUUCGUAAUGAGUAUAUUUUGGGCAUUUUACAAAUAGUUUGCUUGUGUAGUGCCCUAGUAGACUAGGAUUUCCUCGUCGUGACUUUUAUUAUUGAGGAAGCUACAGGUCCACGAGCUGUCAUAUUACUGCCAUAAAGUGUAGUACAGAGUGAAUUCACUCUUGGGAGCCUACGUCAAACUGAUGGUCACGGCCAGCAUGCCACCACCACAUAGUAGAGGAAAAGAUGAUCUUACCUUGUUUUAUUUUUAAAAUCUUUAAACUAUACUGAGUUUUGCAACAAAUAAAUAGAGUAUUUGUAAAUUGCUUUUUUUUAAUACCGUCGGUUGCGUAAACGGUUGUGUGUUUCGGUUCGGCAUAUGACAACCGCAUUAUGCUCGACUCAUCUCUCAACUUUAGGCUGCGGAGGAAAGGCUGCGCCUUGGUUGUAGUUUUAGGUGUUAUUAAUCUCUUAGUGGCUUUAUUUUAUUUCAUGGGUUACUCGAAUGGGUUCUCACCAAACCUAUAUAUACAGACACAAACGCGAAUUGAAACUGAUUUUAUUACCGUGACACUUCCACCGGAAGAUAUUGGACAUCACGACCUUAAUAACAGCUUUGUAACAUUGCAAACUCUGAAGCUUCACGAUAUACAUUUACCCAAUACAACUACUACAACAACUAAUAACACUACUACUACUACUACUACUUCUACUACUACAACUUCGUGGAAAAAGUUAGAAAAAUGUCCUGAUCCGUCUCCACAUCUUGUUGGGCCUCUCAGGGUUGAGUUCUCUACGCCUGUCAGCUUGGAUACAGUGAGGAAGGAGAACCCAGGCCUGCAGGAAGGAGGUCGCUACAAACCACAUGACUGUGUCGCCCUCCAAAAGGUUGCUCUCAUCAUCCCCUUCCGCCUUCGUGACGAGCACCUCAAGUUCUGGCUCUACUACCUCCAUCCCAUCCUUCAGCGCCAACAGCUGGACUAUGGCGUCUACGUCAUCAAUCAGCACUGCAUGUCUGCAACCAAUCACAUCUCAGCUAAAGUAUGGUUGGGUUCUUCCAAUGCUCGGUGGCUUUCUUCUCUUUCUGAUUUCUUCUUUUGAGGAUGGAGACAACACGUUCAACAGGGCCAAGCUGAUGAACAUUGGCUAUGCUGAGGCCCUGAAGGAGUAUGACUACGACUGCUUUGUGUUCAGUGACGUGGACCUCAUCCCUAUGGAUGACCGCAACACCUACAAAUGCUUCCGCCAGCCCAGACACCUGUCUGUCUCCAUGGACAAGUUUGGCUUCAAGUUGCCCUAUAACCAGUACUUUGGCGGUGUCUCAGCGUUAAGUAAGGAGCAGUUCCUGGAAAUCAACGGCUUUCCCAACAACUACUGGGGCUGGGGUGGUGAAGAUGAUGACAUUUUCAACAGGGUGAGCUCUAGAGGAAUGUCCAUCUCUCGUCCAGAUAGCGAGGUUGGAAAAUGCCGGAUGAUCCGUCACGAAAGAGACAAACUGAACGACCCAAAUCCUCAGAGGUUUGACAGAAUACAACGCACAAGACUGACAAUGAAUACCGAUGGUAUAAACUCUCUCAAGUACGAAGUCGUCAAAGUGGAAAAGGAUCCUCUGUUCACGAAAAUCACAGUAGAUGUGGGGAAACCUUAGUGAAAGUGGAUAAAUGUGAGGAGUUAUUUUGCACAACUAUAUCAGUUUAAUAAAUAUGUAUAUAGUUAAUACAAAUUUUAUACAUUUGUUUCUUCUUGCAUUUUUGGCAGAGAUAUUUGAGAUGAUUAUGGUUUAAUAUAUUUUGCAGAAAUGUUCCCCAUGUUUGAAACUGUGUGAAAGGUCUUAAUCCCGAUCUACAGCAACUGUUGGUUUGGUUACUUAUACAUGUUUCCCAAAACAUCAGUUGAUACACACUUGUUUGCUGUAUUCUGUCCAUUCACUACCUGUGACAUGAUCACUUCCAUGCUUCUUUACAUUCAAAACCUAUUCAGUACCUGUUACAUGAACGAUCACUUCCUUGCUUCUUUACAUUCAAAACCUAUUCAGUACCUGUUACAUGAAUGAUCACUUCCUUGUUUAUGCCCUGAGGAUACAAAUCAGCCAGGAACAAACAUACGACCUACCAUCUCGCUGGUGUAGUAUGUAGGUAUGGUCAGUCUCAGUCCCCACCCACUUGGCUUAUCUUAAAUGUGUGGAAAUACAGGUGUGGUGGACCCAACCUGUCACUGUGUUUCAUGUGACUGAAAGUAAAAGCCUAAUGUCUGGUGUUCAGCCAUUGGAAUAGAACAGGGAGAGGUUAUUAAAUAAAAUAAAACGUUUUACAUUUGAA